UUUCGCGGGAAACGACCGGAAGAUGGGGAAAAUCACGUAACAUUUCUGCCUGAUUUGAUUUCCCAGUGUCAAUUGACAGUGAAUAUCAGCAUUACAACAGUGUGUGAUUGGUUUCAUGAUCAACGAUGGAGAAACCAACUUCUCACAAAAACCAACUCAGAUCAGAAACACUUUCCCCGUUAUCAUCAGUAUUGGACCGAAGCCUGCAGCCACCAGGUACUGGCCCCAGCCUCUCAGACUGUAAAACAAUUCUGAAUAACAACAACUGCACCACCAAGCAACUGGCCACCUCCUUAAAAACCGAGGAUCAGAAGAAUGCACAUCCUGAUGUGGUAGACUUGGGUUCUUCCGACCAGAUGGAAGAUGAGAAAGAAGACGUGUCGAUGCGCCUGGGGAAGAAGGUAGCCGUAGCGUCUAGGGGUAGGCCUACGAGGUGCCCCUCAGAAUGGAAGGAGGAUGCAGGUGAAGAAGACUGUGAUUUUAAGGAGGGGCUUGAUGUUCUGGCAAGAUGGAAUGAUGGUCUAUUUUAUCUUGGAACCGUGUCAAAGGUGGUCCCACACCAGAAAAAGUGUCUUGUGAUUUUUGAAGACAGCUCUGAACACUGGGUCCUAUUUAAGCAUCUUCAAAAAGGUAGAGUUCCAAAUAGUGAGAUCAUCUGCUGCGUCUGUGAAGGCGACCAAUCAGAACCUCCCAAUGAGAUUGUUAUCUGCGAUAGAUGCGGUUUAGGGUAUCAUCAGUUGUGUCAUCAACCAACCAUCGAUAGUCAUAAACUUCUCUGCCCUGAUGAAUCCUGGCACUGUAGGCAGUGUGUCUUUGUCAUCUCUGCCAAGGUUGGAGGCGCUUCGAAGAAAGGACCUGUAGCAAAAGUUUUUCAAGAAAUGAAACAGUCUCUACCAUACAAACCAAGUGCUCUACACUGGGAUGCAGCUCAUAAGACCAACACUGAGCAGUGCUACUGCUACUGUGGAGGACCUGGGGAGUGGUACUUAAAGAUGCUGAGGUGUUGCAGAUGUCUACAGUGGUUUCACGAGGCUUGUGUACAGUGUCUUGAGAUGCCUAUGCUGUAUGGAGAUGGGUUUUAUAUCUUUGUUUGUUCAGUGUGCAAUUCAGGGCCGGAGUAUUUAAAAAGAUUAGCUUUAAAAUGGCAAGAUCUUGCCCAGCUUGUUCUAUACAACUUAACUCUACUACAUCGGAAGAAGUACUACGACUUUGAAGAAGAAAUUAUGCCCUAUUUGACUGAGCAGUGGUACAAUCUACAAGUCUCACAUCUUGGUGCUACAACAAGAUCUGAAAAGCAAGAGCCUCUUCUUGAAGCAUUACACAGCUCAAAAGUGAAAUUUGCAUGCGGCAAAGAAGUGAAGAAGAAACAAAACAUCUGGGGACUAAGGAUAAGAAAGCCUCCAGCUCCACCGACAAUCAUCCUACCUGCCAUUGGUCAGAUCACGGAUGAUGUCAUGAAUGACCUCAAGAUGACAGGUCGGAAGGUCGUGACCUUUGUGCCUUUUGAAAGCAACUCACCGGUUCCUCUGAAACCCACUAAGAGGGAGAGGAAGAACGUGGCUGAAUCUCCAGCAGAACUUGAAAGAAGGAGUAAGACUGCCAGGAAGAUGCUAGAGAAUGCCAUCAGAACGGGGAGUCGGCAGUCUUCAUUCAGCCUCAACCAGUCCUACGUCAGCUACUCUGGAACUAGCAUGCCGCUAACUGACCUCACCCCAGUAUCAGAGGGCCAGUCUGUCCUGGACACCAUCCGGCCAUUUGAGACAGUUUAUACCAACAGCACUGGCGUGCCGAUUCCAAUAAGCUUCAGCCAGCACUCUUCAAUAUCAGGGGAUACCGGGUCGGAUUAUUCUGCGGCGACGAUCCCGAUGGGAGCCAGCAGUGGAGGGGAAAGCGGAGAUGGAAUGAAGAGGCAUAGAAAACACGGGAGCUGGAAACGGAAGAGAAAACACCAAACCGGCGAGAAAGGGGAUGGACCCCAAAGCCCCAAGACCAAAGAGACAAAAACUGCUAAGACCGAGGACACUGGGAAACUCUUGACGCGUCUGAAUGGAGCAGUGUCCAUGUCGGAGCUUAAGAGGUCACUGUCAACUUACCACGGUGCAGAGGGACGGCUGGCAUGUGGGGAGAACUACCAAGUCUUGGGGAAGAGAGUUACGUCAGAUGGCAAGGUGCAGUAUCUUGUUCAGUGGGAGGGAGUAACACCUUGAGAAACUCCUUCAAGGGAACACAAACCUGUAUGCAAAACAAUUAUUGGAGUUCACCCUGAGAAUAACUUUGGUUUACAGAUUGUUUGUUGAAAAUUCUGCGUUUUAUUACAGUUGAACUGUAGGGCACAAGUCACAAUGUCGACAAAUCACUUGUCGUAAACCUCUUUCAGGCCUGAUACUUCACAGAGGCAAUGAAGGUGAUUGUCGUUAUGCAAAAAAAAAAAAACGGAGUUCACCCCGAGAACAGUUUACAAGUUUCUUGUUGACUAUUCAGCAUUUUAUUACAGUUCAAGAUUACUACAGAUUGGGGAAAUUGAUCAGAAAUGUAGAACGAGGUGGCACAAAUCACAAUGUCGUCAAAUCACUUGCUGUAAACCUCUUCACCAUGGACGCAAUGAAGGUGAUUGCCUCCAUGCCCCUUGAAAUGCUCCAGUAGAAGUUUUACAAUUUUCUCAUAGGGUGCCC